GGGGAAGGGGUGGGGAUGUCAGAAGCGAGAUGGAGACACAUGCGUCGCGAGCUCGACGGUUUUGUAAUGCGAUGCUACUACGAGAUGGUAUCCACUUGUUCGAUAAUGUUGUUUUGUCGAUUAUCUCGAUAUCUCGCGUUAUAUAGUCGUUUAAUCGACGCGGAGAUAGGUCAGAACGCGACGAGGCAUCUAUCGGUCACACCGCCUCGCGAUAUUUUCUUUUUCGCGCCGGGUUCCAUCGCCGCCAUGACGGAGGCCAAGGAGAAAACGUGCAAGAGGAAGAGGGUUUCUCUCGGAGUCGGCGGUGCCUUGGUGGAGCUGGAGCAGGAUCCCGAACGUGGUAGCUGGGCCAAUCCCAUCGAGUUUGUUCUAUCCUGCAUCGGGUAUGCCGUUGGCAUUGGCAAUGUUUGGCGUUUCCCUUACCUUGUAUAUCGUAAUGGCGGUGGUGCUUUUAUAAUUCCGUUCGUUUUAAUGCUGAUAACCAUGGGAUUACCGAUAUUUUUUUUGGAACUGGCUGUUGGACAGUAUUCCGGACUCGGCCCUAACGAGGCGUUCAAACGUAUGGCGCCGGCACUCGAGGGCCUCGGUUAUUGCACCCUGGUCGUCAUUUUGCUCGUAAUGGUCUACUACAUGGUGAUCGUUGCCUGGACACUCUUCUACACGUUCCUCUCGUUCCUGCCGAAGCUCAGUUGGGCCUACUGCGACAACGAUUUCAACACGAACCAUUGUUACAGCGGGCUUCAAGAGAUUCAAUGUCAAACGGACGAUCCGGAAACGAUAUUUUACAACAAGAGUUGUAUAUCGGCCAGCCACGUAUGCCGGAGCUUCGAUUUCGAGGAUGGGAACAUCACGCAUUGUUUCAAAGCUGGCAAAGUGGAACUCCUUCGAAACCUUUACACACGGAUCCUUUCGUCGGAGGAAUAUUUCAACGACUAUGUGCUUGGUAUACGAGGAGCUACGUGGGAACACUUCGGAGGCGUGAGAUGGGAAUUGUUAGGAUGUCUGACCCUCGCUUGGAUAAUCUGCUUCUUGUGUUUGAUGCGUGGCGUCCAAUCCAUUGGAAAAAUCGUUUACUUCACCGCUCUUUUCCCCUACGCCAUGCUUAUAGCGUUGUUGAUACGAGGUGUUACGUUGGAAGGUGCCCUCGAUGGCUCUCUUUGGUUCAUCAUGCCAAAAUGGUCCACCUUGCAAUCAACCGGUGUCUGGGCGGAUGCUGCUUCCCAAGUUUUCUAUUCCCUCGGUAUCGGUUGCGGUUCCCUGAUCACCCUCUCGAGCUACAGUAACUUCAACAAUAAUUGUCACAGAGACGCGAUAUUCGUAACUUUCACGAACUUAGCCACGUCGGUUUUCGCCGGCCUCGUCAUCUUCUCGAUCAUGGGAUUCCUCGCCCGUCAAAUGGGGGUUUCGGUCGAGGAUGUGAUACAGAGCGGAGCGGGGCUUGCAUUCAUCGCGUAUCCGGAAGCGGUGGUGCGGAUGCCGUUGCCCAACGUGUGGGCCGUCCUGUUCUUCGUCAUGCUGUUCAUCCUGGGUAUCGGGAGCCAAUUCGCAGGCGUGCAGGCGAUAAACACCGCCAUAUUGGACCUGAGGCCGGAUUUACGAAAGCGGGAGAGCCUGGUUGUGUUGGGUAUAUGCGUCACUUGCUGGUUCCUUGCCAUACCGAUGGUGUUCGACGGCGGUAUUUACCUGUUCACGCUGAUGGACUGGAACACAGCUUCUUGGGCGAUACUAUUGAUCGGGAUUGCCGAGGUCGGCGUUGUAGGCUGGUGUUACGGGUGCAACAAAUUCCUGCGUAACAUAGCCGAGAUGCAAAUGCGGUUCAACCUUUCGCUCCGCAGAUAUUGGUGGCUCAGCUGGGUCGUGCUCGCGCCUAUCACUUGUCUGGUGGUGUUCGUGCAUCAAAUAUAUACGUACGAGAUGCCUCGUUAUGGCAAGUACAUAUUCCCUAACUGGGCGAAUGCGAUCGGAAUACUGAUCGGCCUGUCGACCCUCGCCCCGAUGCCGUUAUUUUUCAUCCGCCGCGUUUGGAAAGGGCCGAGGGACCGAAGCAUGUUUCGACCGAAGAAGACGUGGGGGCCCGCCGUGGAAAAAAGUAAGGACACCGUGUCCACGGCCGUGUCCGUCAAGGUAUCCGAACCGCGUGGGAACGAGACCCAGGAGAAUUCCGCAGUUUAAACCGACGAUCUUUUUUGAUCGAUCCUUCUCUCCACGUCGAUUCUAGUCACGUCGAUUCGGAUGUUAAUCGUUUGAGAAAAAGGAACGCUCUCUUCU